AUGCAAUUUCUAAAGCUUUGGGACUCCAGCCAACCACAGUGAGAGCCAUUAAUGGCCAAAACAUGGAACGGUGCUCUCGUCCUCUCGUCCGAAGACAGCUGGGAUAGGCUCCAGCACCCCUGCGACCCUCGUAUAAGGAUAAGCGGUAGAAAAAUGAAUGAGUGAAUUUCUUAGCCAAUCGGUGCGGUUCUUGCUUGGCCAAAGUAGAAGCUAUUCAAUGAAGUCUUACCAUGGAUUUUCCAAAUGAAACUGGAAGAAAACACAAGAGGAAGGUGAAGUGACCUCAACUUUGACCUCAGUUAGAGUACGUUGUUGUGUGGGAUGCAUUCAAAACCAUCUGGGUUCUUGAUUGGAAUAGAGAAAUUGAAAAAAAAGGCUCCAAGGACUGGAAUAUCAGUGGGAGGAUCACGGAAUUGGACCAGAUCCUAUGUGGUUUUGGUGCUGAGCCUGGACCUCAAAUCACUGUAUCACCAAUAUGACAUGUUUACCUCCUGCGGGGGGAUAUCAAAGGAUACAGUCCUCAGGUCGACCUUAACAAAGUUAUCCGUGCACGGAAGAACGAAGAAAAGACCUGCAAGGACACAAAAGAACAUCAGCGUGAUUCCAGCUUGGGGGAAAGUUCCGUAACUCCGGCGACGAGGCCUCCGAGGGCCGUUGCGAGUCAUACCCGGUCCUUUGGGUUUCCUGUCUGUGAUGCGGCCCAGCCUGAAGAUGACGGCUCGUUCGUACUCCUGCACGAUCUUCACGUCGGAGGGAAAGUCAGUGUGGUGCACAAGCAUCUUUGAAACCACUCAUCCAUCGUCCUACCUUGACGCACAUAAAUAGCGUAACAGGGAAGGUUGCCGCGAUGAAGAGGAGCGAUAUGACCACCAAAAUCCAGCCGAAGCAUCCCAAUCGGCCUGAGGUUUUGUCUGCAGAGGAACAAGAGGAACCUGAGGGGCUUCUCGUCAAACAAGAAGGCUGAUGUUUACCCAGCUUGGCGUGACAUCAUGCAAACAUGGAGCGUUCUCCACAAACAUCAUCUUUACCUUCAACGACCUCCAUGGAGGUGAUCUGCAGUUUACCCUGAGUCACCAUCUCCGCUGUGCUGGACGUUGUGGAGAUCAUGAGACGGCAAAUGAUGAGUGACAGGACGACCAAGGCUUGUGUUUACCGUGGAGGGGCGUGGCCUCGAGGCGGCGAGGGAGCCUUCCCCGUGGGUGCCAACAGGGUGAGGACGGAUACCGAGGGCGAGCUCCCACACCGUGACACCUGCGGAGCACGGGUCAUGAAUAAAGGAUGCAACGUCGGCCGAGCCGUGCAACCCGACACCUGGAGACGGCGCCCGUCGGCCUGCGUAACCUGAGAGUUCAGCUUUUCGCGUGUACGUGGAAGCUAAAAUUCCCGAGCUUCCGAUGGAACUCGAACGCCUCCUGAACUGCUGGGAACCCCUAUUCACUGCAACUUUCAAGAUGGAGACUCUAAGCACGAGCGUCAGAUGCGUCAAAUCAUUUUCACCGUACAGUAGAGUCUCGAUCUGCUGACAUGUUUGUGCCAGAACAAGUGUAAAAGUUCUUAUCUUGUGUUUUUGGAUCAUCACAUCUUCGAAUAGGCAUAAGCUAACGAGCUAGCUGACAAGAGAACAUCAACAACCAAUUAAAUUUGUUUGUGGGAGUAGGCCUCAAACUUUUUCCGGUUGUAGUCGCACAAUUGUGACGUAAUUUGUGGGGUACUCUUCAAUUGUAUGGUAGUAAAGCCAGUUCUUAUUGCUUCCAACGUCAUUGCAUUUUAACCUUGUACUCAAUUGUAGCUUAAUGUGUACAAUAACUACAAGUAUUAGUGGAUAUUACUGGACUCUCAAAGAGGUUCACCAGCAUCAAGAUCCAACCAGGUCCGCCCACAAAAUGCCAUUCAUUGGUUCCCUGCCGCUGUCAGUCGCCGGUGGGCGGGGCCUGCCGCCAAACAACAGUUCCAGUAAAAGUCCAUGCUGACAACACUCAGAGUCAACAGGCUGCACGCUAACAUCUCCGUGCACUGACACGAGCUUAUUUCUUCUGCGCUUCUUUUUUCUCGCAUUUUUUUUUGUCACUGUCGGCUGAAAUUUGUGAAGCAGUUUGGGAUGUGACUUCCAGAGCAUACUUUUUUUUCACCCCAGGCGGAGCUCCGCGUUUCCCGGACGUUUGUUUACCGCUUUUUCGCCACCCAGCAAAGUUGCCAGCGCGGUGAGCUCGCACGUUUUUUACAUGACAUUGUAACACUCGGCUCCAUCAUCUCUCAACCAUGGCGGAAGCGGCCCAGCAGCCACACCUGGUGGAGAUAGACCCGGAUUUCGAGCCCCUACCCAGACCCCGAUCAUGCACUUGGCCCUUGCCCCGGCCGGAGUUCAUCAACCCGGGCGACUCCAACACCUCCUCGCCGGUGCCGUCUGUCAAGCAGGAGCCUUCCGGCAACGUCGAGUUCAUCAACAACCUCAGCCUCCUGGAGGAGAGCGAGGACUUCUCCGAGCAGAAGCCGGUGCUCCUGUGCACCGACUUCCAGUGUCAGGAGACGUGCCUCCACCAGCAUCCCCCCACCCAGCAGCAGCAUCAGCAUCACCCCAACCAUCAGCUCCAGCAGCAGCAGCAACAGCAACAGCAGCAGGUGCCCCUGCUCUCCUCCCCGGUCACCUCGUCGUCCUCGGCCGCCGCGGCAGCAGCAGCAGCCGCUGCCCAGAGGAAGAGCAGCUCCUCCCGGCGGAACGCAUGGGGGAAUAUGUCGUAUGCAGACCUCAUCACCAAAGCUAUCGAGAGUUCCCCCGAGAACCGACUAACUCUGUCUCAGAUCUAUGACUGGAUGGUGAAGAGUGUGCCUUAUUUCAAGGAUAAAGGGGACAGCAACAGCUCUGCAGGAUGGAAGAACUCCAUCAGACACAACCUGUCGCUGCACAGCCGCUUUGUCCGCGUGCAGAAUGAGGGCACGGGGAAGAGCUCCUGGUGGAUGCUGAACCCCGAGGGAGGGAAGAGCGGCAAGUCCCCCAGACGCAGGGCGGCCUCCAUGGACAACAACAGCAAAUUCACCAAAAGCAGAGGACGGGCCGCCAAAAAGAAGCUGUCCAUGCAGGGCGGCCCAGACGGCGGCGCCGACAGCCCGGGCUCCUACAACAAGUGGCCCGGCAGCCCCAACUCCCACAGCAACGACGAUUUUGACGCCUGGAACAGCUUCAGGCCUCGGACCAGCUCCAACGCCAGCACCGUCAGCGGCCGCCUGUCGCCCUUCAUGCCCGAGGACGACCUGAGUGAGGCGGACGUGCACAUGGGCUACCCGGGCGCCCCCGGGCCCAAGAUGACUGCCACGCUGCCCAGCCUCACAGAGAUGACCGGAUCCUUGGGACACAGCUCGGAAAACGUCAUGGAGAACCUUCUGGACAAUCUGAACUUGCUCUCGCCUAAUAACUCUCAGGUUGGAGGAGGGGCGACGACCCCCGGAUCCUCCCAGUCCUCCCCUUCCCCUAUGAUGCAACCCAGCCCCGGGUACCCGUCAUACAGCUCCCCUAGCAUGGUGUCGCAGGCCCCGCAGGAGUACCGUAAGUGCGUGUACGGUCAAGCGGGGCUGAACGCCUUGCCGCCCAUGAGCAUGCAGACCCUGCCGGAGAGCAAGACCGCCUUCGGGCCUGCCAUGAGUCCGUACAGCUGCUCUGCCGGGCUUUUGAAGGAGCUUCUGACGUCAGACACAGACCAGCAUGGAGACCUCCUUCCGUCAGUGGACACGGUGGUAACUCAGUCCAGCGGGGGCCGCAUGCUGCCACCAUACAGCGGUGGCCAGCACGGGGCCAAACUCAUGGCGGGGGGGAACGGCCACCAUCACGGUCUGUCCCAUCCUCGCCCGCACAACGUGCGAAGCCAAGCCCCGCCCACUUCAGCAGCCAUGAACGGCCGCUUGCUCAUGUCUCUCAACCACAGUGGCGGCACGGCGCGACCCCCUUCUUCCACCAAAAGCCCCAUGCAGAUGCCUUACGGCCUCUCAAGCCACCUCAGCGGCGGCGGCGGCGGCGGCGUACCCGGCGCCUUCUGCCCCAUCAACACCAACGGAUACGGACGCCUGGGCCUGGCGCCGCCCUCCCACUUGGAGAAGCUGCCCAGCGACCUGGAUGACAUGUCCAUAGAGAAGUUUGAGUUUGACAUGGAGACCGUUCUCCACGAAACUCUCAUGGACGGGGACUCGCUGGACUUCAACUUUGAGCCGAUGGUGACCCAGCAAGGCUUCCCCCACGGGGUGAAGACCACCACGCACAGCUGGGUGUCUGGCUAGGAGGACUGAAACGGUGAAGAAAUGGAAUCGGUUGGACUGAUCUUUGGGUGGUAAGACACAAGCUUUCAAGAUGAAACCAAGACCAAGUUCCUGUAUCUUGGACAUUCCUGCUUAAAAACUUUUCACGUCACUUUACUACAAAGUGCCAGCUUUUAAUCUACUGGAAAUAUCAAUCCAUACUAACUCAAGUGCCAAACAAUUUGCCUUAACAAUGGAGCCAACGCACGUCAUCCAUGAAGGUCGAACAAAGGCACCUGGAGUUUGUGGUUCCCUCGCGUGGCACCAAGACUGCAGGGUCCUGCGUUUUUUUUUCAUCGAGAUGAUCCAGUGGCCUUCAAGUUCCACCUUCAUAGAUGACUGACAAGCCAAACAUCAUCUCCAUCAUCAGCAUCAAGGAAAGCCACGCAGCAGCAGCACGUGGCUCCUUGGCCAGCGUCUGAAUGUAAAUACCACGCCCUGGACGCCGUCGGGAUCAGGUCGUGUGAUUACGUUUACAGAGCAGAAGCCACAAACCGAGCGAAAACUGGACCAUUUAUGAUGAUUCGAAUGAUUAUUUUUAUAGUUUUUGAGCCGCUUUCUCGCUCUCUUUCUCUUCUUCUGAUUGUGUAUAUACCUUUAAGAGUGUACAUUAACAUGAUAGAGUACCUGUUGACUAGAUUGUAGUAUAUAUUUGAGAGGUAAAUUAUUGUCUUUAAUAUAGAUUAUUAUUGUGGUGCGCCGCCUGCACUCGGAACCUUAAUACCACAGGGGCCUAUUUAAGUAGUUCUUGAAGGGUUUUUUUAUUGUAUAAAUAUAUACAUACACAGUAGAUCCAACACAUAUUUGCCACCCCGCAAAAUCAAUAAAUCUUUGUUUUUUUGUGCUUAUAAUCUCAAUAAGUAGUGGUUUUAUUGGUGGAAUACCAUAUUGGAACAAUGGAAAUGUAACACACGCACUACACACCGAUACACAUAGACUGUUUCAUGCUUCUUUGCAUCCUGCAAGGGAGGGGGGGGCACCAUGGAAUCAAUUAUACUUAGCCUAGGAACGCUAGGAAUAGGGUUCUCUCCGGGCAUAGCUUUCAUCACAUUGCCGGCUUUAUUGCAUAGAACAAUGGCAAGAACAGAGUGAGCCGUGUUCUCGGUCACACAGUCUCUGGGUGGGUGGAGGCGGGGCCGCUAGCAUAUACACACACACUGAGUUGAACAUCCUAGAAAUGAAAGUAGAUUUCAAUAUACUGUCAAUAUUUUUUCAUGGUACUUUUCCUAAAAGUAAAGUGAAUAUCUGUGGUGACACCCGUGUCUGUUUGGGUGUCAGCUUUUAUUUCCGUCUAUGUGCUGCAGCUUUUGGUGGCACCGUGAGUGAGUGAGUGAGUGAGUGAGGGAGGGGUUGGGUUCGAUGACCUCCUGCUGCUUUGCGUUAGCGUAUCAAGAUGGACAUUUCAUUACCAUGGCCGACUCAAGUAGUCGCCUUUGUGGGUGCCGAGACCGUAAGCCCUGCCAAUGUGGUGGUGGGGGGGUUGAUGGAGUGGGGGGGGGUGGACUGUAUAGUUCCGUAAAAAUACAGUGUCUAUUGGAAAGUCUGUUUAUUUCAAUAAUUUAUUCUGUAGAGUCACUACACAUGUAUGUAUUUCCUUCAUCAUCAUUUUGAUGACUACAGUUCAUAAUAUGUGAUAUUAGAAUUAUUACAAUAUUAUAUUGUCAUCAAAGAAUGAACCGCAAAACCCUCCUGAGCCUUUAAAGUGGUCUCUCAGUCCCUGUUGAAGUCCAGGAAAUGUGAGCAGGAUCUUCUCAUUUCUUGACAUGCAGAAGAUCCAUGGUCCUUCAGACCAAGGAACCUUCCCUCUCUUUCCUUCGUAGUCAUAGGUCGCUUUAGUCCAAAAGGGGCGGGCCUAGUACGGUUUUAUCAAACCGGCUUUGAAGCUUCGCUUCUCCUUUGCAGGGGGUGGUAUUUCCUCAUCAGGAGCCUCAUCGGUCCUCCAUGCUGCGUUUGCAUUGUAGCCCCUCCCACCAUCAGCUUGCCCAGCAGGAUGCGCCUUGAGGGUCCACUUUGAAUUAUUUUGAAAAUACAAACUUCAGCAGGCAUCUUUAAGCAUUUGCAAACUUUACUUUUAUGAACAUCGCAGGAUGGGGGGGGUUGAAAAAAAUUUUUCUUCAUUUUUUUAAGCUGUUGCACUAUAAAAAAUUUUUUGUUUUUUUUUAAAUCCCGCUCUAUGUUCUGAUUAGGGUUGGGGAGGGGGGGUCCAUGUAUGACAUAGACCCCACAAAAUGUUAAGUUGAUGGUGGGAGGGGCUAAGAUUCAAAUAGAGAAUGGAGGAGGUUCCAGUCCACUGGAAAAAAAAAAUCUUUAUUUUUUUAACCCUAACCCUGCAGAAACAUAGUCCAGAAAACAUUUGACUUUACAAACUUUCAGCCAAUCAACAGACUGCAACUUGUAUCUGGCUCCGCCCUUUCAGCGUGGUAUGGCCGCACGGGUGACGCAGUGGCCCCCGCUGCCUUGGUGGUUUAUUGUUCUUAUUUCCGUCGGUGUAUGCUAUAGGCCGUACAUAUGACCUAUGACCUCGCCAAGAUACAAAGUGCCUGCUAACUUCCAUCCAUCCAUUUUCUAUGCCGCUUAUCCUCACUAGGGUGGCGGGAAACUGGUGACUAUCCCAGCUGUCUUUGGGGCGAGAGGCGGGGUACACCCUGGACUGGUGGCCAGCCAAUCACAGGGCACAUAUAGACAAACAACCAUUCACACUCACAUUCAUACCUAUGGACAAUUUGGAGUCGCCAAUGAAUCGUGUGUCACCCUGUGUUGACUUAUCAGGCGUGUACAUUGGCAUCGUCAGUGACCCCCCCAACCCCCACCCCCACCAAGCGGCCGUUUUUAUUCCACCAACAACCACAUCCGUCGCCUUGAGCUGGGAGUUUUGGUUUUUGAAAUGAAAUGACGGAGGAUGAUUUCACAUUUUUACUUUUCUUGACGUUUCAAAGCCUUGAAAACUGCCAAAUUUCUACCUAUUGAUAUGUUGACAAUGAUGAUGAUGAUUAUUAAUUAUGAAAUCUAUUCGUGCCGGUCACUCAAGUCAGCAUGAAUCCUCGAAGUCGAAGUUUUUUUUUUUAUCGGAAGAAGAGCUGUAAAUGAUAUCUAAAUCUAUGCAUUGUAUUUCUUCAUGUGGCUUACUCUGCACAGAGAUUUUAUUGUAACGUAGCGCUGUGACAUUCUGGUGUCGUCGUCUCCGCGUUCUACGUCAUCGUGUGGGGGCGGGCGGGACGGUCGGGGGGGGGGGGGGGGGUGAAUUUAUUUAGAGAGUAGACAAUGCAGUGAUUUAUAUGCUAAGCUUUUGUAAACUGACAAUGUUGUAUUUCUUGUAUUUAGCGCAAAUAAAGCUCAUUAUUAUUCCAUGAUAUGACAUUUCUAUAUUCCGCCUUCACAAUGCAGAACCCGUGGACCAAUUCUUUUGUAGAUAUUGAAAAAUAUAUAAAGAAAAAAAGAGAACAUGCACUUGUACGUACAUUUUAUAGCAAAAAAGUGCAUCAUCCCACAGAGAAGCAUCUGUUACAUUAACUUAUAUGGCGGAGAUGCAUUGAAAGUGUGCCGUGUCAUUUGCAAUCAGUACAAAUAUGUUACUUAUGUUCUAUAUACAUGUAUUCAAGCCUGAAUAAAUGUACUUACGUGUUCAAACUCUGACCUUUCUUUGCUCUUUCUUUUACCGAGUGACUUACUGGGAAACUAAAAUACUUUUUUUUUAAUAAUUGACUUCAUAGAAGAAUG